AAUUGCCGAAUCAUCUGUCCUGCCCGGACUGCUGGAAGCGGCCACAGCGCCAUGUUGGCGAAGUCUCUCAUCUCUGUGAGAAAAAAAUGAUAGAAAACACACUUGCCGAGAAGAAAAGGUAGAUCGCCGAGGGAGGUCGAAGAUCGCGGCGAUUAUUUCGUUUGAAAGAAACGAACCGAGCCGGAUCCGCAGAGGUUCCGGACGGACGAGGGAGGCUAAACCUCCCACCGUCCCCAUGAAUAGCACCGCUGAUCCGAACGGCGACUUUCCAUGAAAAAAGAGACGUUUGUGUUGCUAUUCGAGCUUCGUUAUCCCAGUCCGUUAAAAGGGAUCUGGGCCCUGCUUCAAGAAUCUGCUACGCUUGCUCUAUGUAUGCAAGCUAGGCGUUGUUUGUAUCAGUAUUUAUUAAGGUGUUGUUUUUAGUUGUUGAUUUUUUUUUUGCGAUGAGUUUGCCACCGAAAGUGGUCCCCAAACCCGCCGCUGUCGCAGUUAGCGGACCCGGAGGUGGACCCUCUCCGUCGAGCCAACUGCGGACUACCCUGACCUCCGUGUCUCUGCCGCCGGGAGCCCCGACAGCUCCUCAGACGGCCGCCGUACCACCGCCUCAAAUCCCUCGGGUUCAGGCUUCACUGGACGACCGAAUCUUCAGCACGCAGCCUGGAGUCGCUGCAGUCUACAGCGUACCCAGGCAUGCUGGCCCUCCUUAUACUGCUCACGACAUCACAAAGGGACACCCUAACCUGGCGGGCACCCCGCCCGGUCAUGCCCACUCCCCAGCGCUCUCUCAGGUAUCAGUACCCACAGCUUCCCCAUAUCGCUACCCUAAGGGCUGGGAGACAGGCGGAGGGUCUCCUUACAACCCGGGGCAAAAUGCUGGCUCCGCUCCUUUAGUGUAUUCUCCCCAGACGCAGCCAAUGAAUGCACAGCCACAGAGUCGCCCGUUUGCUACGGGCCCUCGACCAACCCACCAUCAGGGAGGAUUCAGGCCAAUCCAGUUUUUUCAGAGGACUCAGAUGCAGACUGCGAGGCCCACCAUCCCGACAAACACGCCCUCCAUACGGCCCGGCUCACAGACUCCCACCGCGGCCGUCUACCCCGCUAAUCAACCAAUCAUGAUGACCAUGGCGCCCAUGCCUUUCCCUUCUCCGCAGGCUGCACAGUACUACAUCCCACAGUAUCGCCACAGUACACCCUACGUGGGACCUCCUCAGCAGUAUUCUGUUCAGCCCCCAGGAUCUGGCACCUUCUACCCUGGUCCAGGGCCAGGGGAGUACCCCGCCCCAUAUCAUCCCCUCAGGUACCACCCACCUGUCUCACCGUCUGUCCCCGCGCCCGUUCCUACAGCUGGUCCGCCCUACUACCCGGGACAGACUGUUUACCCCCCCUCACCCCCCAUCAUAGUGCCUACACCACAGCAACCUCUACCAGCCAAGCGUGAGAAGAAAACAAUCCGUAUCCGUGACCCCAAUCAGGGUGGCAGGGAUAUCACGGAGGAGAUCAUGGCAGGAGGUUCAGGGAGCAGGAAUUCAACACCUCCUGUCGGCCCCCCCUCCUCCACCCCGACCCCACCACAGCAGCUGAGCAGCAGCCAGACUCCGGAGCAGCAGCAGCCGCAGCAGCAGCCGCAGCAGCAGCAGCAGCAGUCGCAGUCGCAGCCUCAGCCUCCUCGGCAACAGCAAGCCCAUCCCGGAGGCUACGCGUUCGAGACGCUGCAGCCGCCACAGCCCCAACAGCCACAGCAUCCGCUGACGACCGGGGCUGCAGACACCAAACCAGGGCCAGAUGAUACGCCAAAACUGGAGCCGGUUGUCCAGAAGUCUUCCUCACCCGGGCUCGCGCAGCCCGAAGCUCCCGUGGAGAGACUGGAGGCCAACGCUCCUCUGUCUGAGCCCUCGCCUGCCGUUGAAGCAGAGCUUCCCUUCCCCGCCUCGCUGACCGCCCCCAUCAGUCUCCCGCUCGCAGUGGCCAACACCGGCGAACGUCCCUCGGCGAGGGAGUCCGCCGCUUCAGCCUCUUCUCCCCCUGCCUCCGUUGGGGAGAGCAAACCCUCGUCAGCACCCACGCCCAACUCAGACAAGCCUCUUUCAGACACCCCCAGAACUUUAGUUGCCUCUCCUUCCCCGGCCCCCAAGGCUCUGAACGGCCUCGCGGACUCCGGGCCCGACUUAGACGCCCCGGCUCACGAGCCGCCUCUCCUGCCCUCAGCUGCACUCCAGCCCCAGGCCUCCGCUCCUGCUUUCAGAGAGGCCUCCUCCUCCUCCUCCUCCUCCUCCUCCUCCGAAACCUUGCCCUCUGACGUGAGGCCCGAGGUGCCCAUUGCUGCUGCGCUCUCCUCCAUGGCACCCGUGGCUGUGGUGCCAGUCACCCUGACCUCGAGCCCCGCCCCGGCUCUGCCGGUUAUGCUCCCCCCCGGCCUUCCGCCUCUAGUGCAGGCCACGACAGAGGCCGAAGAGCCCACCAAGUCCUUAGACACUAAAGACCUCGCUCCCAGAGGAGGGACGGAGGCGCACGGUGGCAUUACUGAAAGCAAAACAGAGACCCAGCAACAAGCACUCAGCAGGAAGAGUCCCACUACAGUUAAUCAGACCGCUUCUGCUAUACCAAAGACCUGGAGAAAACCAAAUGAAGGGAUCUCUGCCGGAGAAGCACCUCAGAAGGAGGAGGAGGAUGAACCCAGGCCAGUAGAUGAGCCUGCUGUAGACCAGGCCCUGCCGUCAGCUCCUCUGAGCAGCAGCCCGGCGCUUCUACCGCCGGCCUUCACCUCGACCCCCGCUCCCGCUCCCGCCCCUGCUAGCAUCUCCGAGGCUGACAGAAAAGCCGCCGCCGCCGCCGCCGCUCCGGAGGAAAACGGCGAGGCGGAGCUGGAGCCGAUGAGGAACGGCGCGGGCCACACCUCGGAGACGGAGAGCAGCGACAGUGGAGCCACGCCUGGAGACAAGGAGAACUCGACAGGCGCUCCACAGGACAUUGAAGACUUGGCUGAUGCCAGUGGGAAACGUCAGUAUGACAGGGACUUCCUGUUGGGCUUCCAGUUCAUGCCGGCCUGCGUACAGAAGCCUGAGGGACUCCCACCGAUCAGUGAUGUGGUGCUGGACAAGAUGAACCAAAACAAGUUGCCAUCCCGAGCGGUGGAUUCCAGGGUGAUUUCCAGGGGACCCGAUUUCACACCUGCGUUCGCAGAUUUUGGCAGGCAGAUGACCGGAGGACGAGGCGCCGCGAUGAUGAACAUUGGCGCACGGCGGCCUCCACCCAGGAAGAUCAUCAUGAACGUUUCCGUGAAUGAUGACAUUCAGCUGAAAAAAUCGGAGAACGCCUGGAAGCCCGGCUUGAAGAGAGAGGCCCCUGCGGAGGAUCCGGAGGCGCAGAAAACACAGGAUCUCUUUAGGAAAGUAAGAAGCAUCCUCAACAAGCUGACGCCUCAGAAGUUCAACCAGCUGAUGAAGCAGGUAGCGGACCUGACCAUUGACACGGAGGAGAGGCUCAAAGGCGUCAUCGACCUGGUCUUUGAGAAGGCCAUCGAUGAGCCCAGCUUCUCUGUGGCGUAUGGGAACAUGUGCCGCUGCCUGGCCACGCUCAAAGUGCAGAUGACAGACAAACCCAACACCACCGUGAACUUCCGUAAGCUGCUGCUAAACCGCUGCCAGAAGGAGUUUGAGAAGGACAAGGUGGACGAUGUGGUGUUUGAGAGGAAGCAGAAGGAGCUGGACUCUGCUGCAUCGACGACGGAGCGUGAGCGGCUUCAGGAAGAGCUGGAAGAAGCCAAGGACAAGGCCCGGCGGCGUUCCAUCGGCAACAUCAAGUUCAUCGGCGAGCUCUUCAAGCUCAAGAUGUUGACGGAGGCCAUCAUGCACGACUGCGUGGUGAAGCUGCUGAAGAACCAUGACGAGGAGUCUCUGGAGUGUCUGUGCAGGCUGCUCACCACCAUUGGCAAGGACCUCGACUUCGAGAAAGCCAAGCCUCGCAUGGAUCAAUACUUCAAUCAGAUGGAAAAAAUCGUCAAGGAGAGGAAGACGUCGUCCCGGAUACGGUUCAUGCUGCAGGACGUUAUAGACCUCAGAUUGCACAACUGGGUGUCCAGGAGAGCCGACCAGGGCCCCAAAACCAUAGAGCAGAUCCACAAGGAGGCGAAGAUUGAAGAGCAAGAAGAGCAGAGGAAAGUGCACCAGCAGCUGCUCUCCAAGGACAGCAAGAGACGGCCAGAUCCACGAGAACAGAGAGAACAGCGAGAACAGCGCGCGCCGAGGGAAGAGACCUGGAACACUGUGCCUAUGACGAAGAACAGCAGGACCAUCGACCCCACCAAGAUCCCAAAGAUCUCCAAGCCUCAAAUGGACGAGAAGAUCCAGUUGGGCCCACGGGCUCAAGUGACCUGGGUGAAGGGCAGCAGCGGAGGAGCCAAAGCCAGCGACUCCGACCUGUCACGGACAGCCGGCCUCAACCGCUACUCUGCGCUGCAGUCCACACCGUCACCCCAGCCCUCCACCACACCUCCACAGAACCAGGACUACGACUCCAGGAGAACUCUGGGAAGUCGUAGCAGCACAGGCAGGGAACGCAGCGAGAAGCCGCUGAUCUCCGCGCCCCCCUCAUCGUCGAGACCCGGACCCUUCGCCAGGGGGGGCAGCUCCAAAGAGCUGCUGGAGAGUCAGGCCCCGGAGGAGCCCAGAAGAGACCGGGAGCGAGAGGGAGCCGAGCCCCGGAGGCCGAGUGUCACGGAGGACAAAGCGGAGCCGGAGCGCAGCAGAGCCAAGGAGCCUGUGAAACCUGAGCCAGUGGUCCCGAGCCCAGACAGACCUGCGCUGUCAGAGGAGGAGAUCGAGAGGAAGUCCAAGGCCAUAAUUGAUGAGUUCCUGCACAUAAACGAUUACAAGGAGGCUGUGCAGUGCGUGGACGAGCUGGACCUGGGCCCUCAGCUGCACAUCUUUGUGCGUGUCGGGAUGGAGUCGACCCUGGAGCGCAGUCAGAUCACACGGGACCACAUGGGCCAGCUCUUCUUCCAGCUGGUGCAGCAGGGAAUCCUGCCCAAAGCCCAGUUUUACAAAGGGUUUGCAGACACGUUGGAGCAGGCGGACGACAUGGCCAUCGACAUUCCCCACAUCUGGCUGUACCUGGCCGAGCUGCUCAGCCCUGUGCUAAAGGAGGGGGGCUUCUCUAUGAGAGAGCUCUUUAGUGAAUUAAGCAAACCUUUGCUUCCUGUGGGAAGAGCUGGGAUCUUAAUUUCAGAAAUACUGCACAUACUAUGCAAACAAAUGAGCCAUAGGACUGUGGGUUCUUUGUGGAGGGAAUCCGGCCUCAACUGGACCGACGUUCUACCAGAAGGAGACGAUGUCCAGGCUUUCAUCUCACAGCAUAAACUCCAGUUUGUUCAGCUGGACAGCUCCGGCCCCGAGGCGGCUCUGUCUAGAAGGAUCUUGCCUCCGGAGGAGCUGAGCCGGCAGCUGGAGAAACUCCUCCUGGAGGACAUGGCCAGUGACGAGCAGAUCUUUGACUGGGUAGAGGCAAACCUAGAUGAAUCUCAGAUGAGCUCGUCUCCCUUCCUGAGGGCUUUGAUGACAGCUGUGUGUAAGGCCGCAGUGAAAGAUGAAAACACCAGCUGUCGAGUGGACACGGCCAUCAUCCAGAAGAGAUUGCCUGUAUUACUCAAGUACCUUAACUCAGACACUGAGCGACAGCUGCAAGCACUUUAUGCACUUCAAGCGCUGAUCGUUGCCCUCGAUCAGCCUCCAAACCUCCUCCGGAUGUUCUUUGACUGUCUGUAUGACGAGGACGUCAUCUCGGAGGACGCUUUCUACAAGUGGGAGACGAGCAAGGACCCGGCCGAGCAGCAGGGCAAGGGCGUGGCCCUGAAGUCGGUGACGGCCUUCUUCACCUGGCUGCGGGAGGCCGAGGAGGAGUCGGAAGACAAUUGACGAGGGCGACGGGACGACAGAGUAGAGCUGCCUCCUCGCGGCAGAACACACUUUCAAAAUGGGUGCGUGGGCAGGACGACAUGUUUACGGCUGGAAUUUUUUUCUGCGGUACGGUUCUGAAACAUGCCGCCAUUUUGAGUUUGGAUUCCAACGGCGGAAGCACUAAAUACCUGUAUCAUACAUAGAAAAUAUUUUUGUUUUAAAUUUUAACUUACUUUUUUUUUUUUUUUUUUGUUACUUUUUAAAAGAGACUUAAAAGAUGCAUAGGUUCUGGACUCCUUAAUUUAUUAUUUUUUUAAGGACUGCAAAUAUGAAAGUUAUUUAACAUUUGCAGAUGCUCACAGUGAGACCAUGACAGCAGAAAAAUAACAAUAUAAUUAAUUAUAAUAACAAAAUAAUAAUUGUGAAAUAAAUAGGCUCCCUGGAUUUCACGCUGUUUAAAACAGGGUAAAGCAAAAUUAUUUUGGGAUGAAGGGAGACACAGAGAUUUAAAAAAGAAAUAAAAAAAAAACCAAUAAGGAAAGAAUACACAGGAACUAUAAACAUUGUCUGAGGUCGAAGGUUAUUUUGUAAUAACCAGGAAGUGUUUCCCUCAGCCUUGGCUUGCUCUGCGUUGAUAUGUACAUACGCCUCAUGAGAGGCAACACGUAUGCAUCCAAGAAGCAAGUCGGACGAACAAACUGGAUUCAUACAGAUGCAAAAACGCAAGUUCAAAAAGCAAAUGGCCAGGGUCGCUGAACAUGAGAUGCUUGUAAUACAUAAGACAUACAGAUCAGAUUAAAGCUUGUAAAUACAUUAAAGACAAAAAAAGGUAUUUAAAAAAAA